CCCCCCGCCCGCCGCCAUACAGGUGACGGUGCGGGACGCGCUGAACCAGGCGCUGGAUGAGGAGCUGGAGCGGGACGAGCGCGUUUUCCUGCUGGGCGAGGAGGUGGCCCAGUACGACGGCGCUUACAAGAUCUCCAGGGGGCUCUGGAAGAAGUACGGGGACAAGAGGGUGAUCGACACCCCGAUAUCAGAGAUGGGCUUCACAGGAAUUGCUGUCGGUGCUGCUAUGGCAGGGUUGAGACCAGUGUGUGAAUUCAUGACGUUCAACUUCUCCAUGCAAGCAAUUGAUCAGGUUAUAAACUCCGCUGCCAAGACCUGUUACAUGUCUGCGGGAUCAAUCGCUGUUCCCAUUGUCUUCCGGGGCCCCAACGGGGCAUCAGCUGGAGUGGCCGCUCAGCACUCGCAGUGCUUCGCGGCUUGGUACGGGCACUGCCCGGGACUGAAAGUUGUUAGUCCUUGGAGCUCAGAAGAUGCCAAAGGUCUGCUGAAAGCGUCAAUCCGGGAUGACAACCCAGUUGUGAUGCUGGAAAAUGAAUUACUGUAUGGCGUUCCCUUUGAAAUGUCUGAACAGGCACAGUCAAAGGAUUUCGUUGUUCCAAUUGGAAAAGCUAAAAUUGAAAGGCAAGGAACUCAUGUUACAUUAGUGUCACACUCAAGACCUGUCGGACACUGUUUGGAAGCAGCUGCUGUGCUUGCCAAAGAAGGUGUAGAGUGCGAGGGGGGUGGGGUUAUAAACCUGCGUACCAUCCGACCAAUGGAUAUUGAUACAGUGGAAGCCAGCGUUGUCAAGACAAACCAUCUCGUAACCGUAGAGGGAGGUUGGCCGCAAUUUGGAGUAGGAGCCGAAAUCUGCGCCAGGAUCAUGGAAGGAUCUGCCUUUAACUACUUGGAUGCUCCAGCUGUGCGCGUUACCGGUGCAGAUGUUCCUAUGCCUUAUGCAAAAAAUCUAGAAGAUAACUGCAUACCUCAAGUGAAGGAUAUAAUAUUUGCAGUGAAGAAAACUUUGAAUAUCUAA